UCGGUUGGUCAGUAUCAAUCCAGAUAUACACAAAUAUUUAUCAUUGUGUUAUUACUGAUGACCUUAAAUUACAAAUCUCUCUAUUAUGAUAUUUUAAUUAUUUAUAUAGAAUUAGGUACCUGUAAAUAUUUAAUUUUUAUCCUUUACCAUACCUACUGAUUCUGUUUACAUUCCGUUCCUUGUUUUUUCUACCUAUACCUAUUCGUUCCACUAUCUUCGUCUGUGGCAAAAGCGCAAGCCUCGCUAAGUCAAAACCUAAGAAAAAAAAACUAGGUUACAAAAAACAGACAAAAUACGGAGUCUCAAUUCAUCGAUCGGGGGUUCGGAGCAUAAUUCUUCAGCAAUGUGGACUGGUGUCUAAACAGCCAGACCGACACAAUUAAAAAAAAAACUUAUCUAAAUUAAACCAGACCAGGAAUUGAACCUGGAUCAUCUGGUUUGAUGGUCAUCAGUUCAUUACAACACAAGAGAAAGUGAACGUUACAAAAAUAACGAAAGUUAAAAAAACACGAAAAUAGAUAAAAUCUUCUUUUUGAAGUCGUACAAAUCCCCACGAAAAUGGAAAAGGAAUACUGGCAGAAAAUAUUAAAAAACGUUGAUGAAGAUGAAGAACUUAACACUGACAACAUUAUCAGCAAAUUAAAAUCUAGUAUUCUAUCUAUAGAUACUGAGGUGUACAAAGAAUGGGAAGAUAAAGCAUUUGAUGAAGAUCACUCAUUCAAUGUUGUUUUUGAAAGUGACAGCAUGACCAUAAUCAACAUGGCUGCAAAAUAUAACCUUAAAAACGUUGUCAAUAUAUUUCUACAGCUCAAAAUCGAUUUGAACAAAAUAAAUUCGUUUGGAUGCACACCUUUAUUAUUUGCUGUUAAAAAAGGUAACCAUGAAAUAACGAAGACGAUUUUGCAAAGAAAUUGCGACUUUAAUAUAAGUAAUAAAGAUAGAGAAACUCCUUUGCAUUGGGCGGCACGGAGGGGUAAUGACGAUAUAGUAGAAGCGCUUAUAAGGAAAGGAGGUGACGUAAACGCUAUUGAUCGAAAUGGUUCAUCUGCGUUACACUGGGCUUCCGAAGAAGGCCACAUAAAUGUAAUGAGACUUCUCAUUAAACAUAAAGCCGAUCCGCAUAUGAAAGAUGCUGCAAAUGACAAUGCUGUGCACUACGCGGCGCGUAGAGGACAUUUGGACGCAGUAAAAUACUUAGUAGAAGGCGAACACGUCGAUUGUAUAAAUGCUGACGAUAACGAGUUCACACCCUUACAUUGUGCUAUUAUGGAGAGACAUUUUGACAUAGUCAAGUAUUUAGUGGAAGAUAGAAAAGUAAAUAUCGACGUUACUAAGAAAGUAGCUCUGCAUUAUGCCGUGAUGGACAUUGAUAUAUUUAAAUAUCUCGCUAAUAAUUCAGAUAAUUCAGCUACUGACGACAAAGGCAAUAAUGCAUUACAUGUUGCUACCAGUUGUAACAGGUUGGACGUCGUCAAAUAUUUAAUAGAAGAAAAUAAUUUCGAUAUGAACCUAACGAAUGAUUAUGGUCUACCGUGUGUGCUUAUAGCUGCAUCAUCCAAUAGUCUAGACGUUAUAAAAUACUUAGUCGAUGAGAAAAAUGCUGAUUUAAACAUAAAAGAUAAGAUUGGGCGCAGUGCGUUACAUCACGCAGUCAAAGUCGGUGAUUUAGAAAUGGUGAAAUAUCUUGCAGAGAAUAAUAAAAUUAAGGUCAAUUGUACAGAUGAUCGCGGACGCACACCUGUCUUAUAUGCUGCUAAAGCGGAUGUCUACGGGAUUGUAGAUGUAUUCAAGUAUUUGGUAAACGAUCGAGACGCCGAUUUUCUUAAAGCUGACAAGUCAAAAGUGACGCCGCUUCAUUUGUUGGCAGAACAUGGGCAUUUAGAGGCCCUCAAAUUUUUAGUUGAUGAAAAACAAUGUAAUUUACUUGUGCGCGAUUCUGAUGGAGUUACUCCAUUACAUUUGGCGGCGUGCACUGGUAGAUUAGACAUAGUAAAGUAUAUAAUAGAUGAAAAUGAUGUAGAUCCGGACAUUGUUGAUGAUGGUAUGUGGACGCCACUACACGGGGCUUUAGUCAAUGGACACGACGAGCUAGUAAAGUACUUAAUAGAAGAAAAACACGCAAAUAUUAAAGCUAAAACAAGUUUAGGUCUAACAACUGUCCAUUUUGCUGCAGGCUUCGGCAGAUUGCGCACUUUAAAAUACUUAAUAGAAGAAAAAAAACUUGAUUUUAAAAUUGUAGAUUAUAGCUUAUGGACGCCAUUACAUUUUGCCGCGAACAGCGGCCAUUUUGAAAUUGUGAAGUAUUUGAUAGAAAAAGGAGAUGAUUUUACAAUUUUGGACGAAAAUAACUGGUCAGUUGUACAUCACGCAGCGGAUCAGGGACAUUUGCAAAUACUUAAGUACAUGAUUGAUGAUAUUAAAGCUGAUUUUAAUGGAUUUGAUAAGAAGGGUAGGACGCCAUUCGCUUUGGCUAUCGUAAACGGCAACGUGGAUAUAGUUAAGUAUUUUUUAGAUAAAGAUGGCGUCUUUAAAGUGACAGCAGACGGUGUGAGCGCACUACAACUGGCAGUAGAACAUUCUUCGGUGGAGAUUAUCAGUUUACUCAUGGAUAAUGGCGAUGGGAACCUAUCCGACGUCCUUAAGUUACCUGAAAGAGCAGCAAGGCAAGAUUUGAUACAGCAUUUUACGUAUAAAACAAGUUCAGGGUAGGUGUAGGUGUUGGCGGCGAGGGUGUGCUGCCGUCAAAGGAUGUUUUCGGGGUACCGAACUGAGCAUAGUACCCCGCUAGCCACAAGUUGGUAGUGUGACUAGGGAUCGACGAUCCAACGGUGUUAUGUUGAACGUUGUAUAUAUGCGUCUUGCUGUGUAAACUUUGAUAUCGCGUUUCACGACUGCUUGAAGACUGCAUUAUUGAAUGUGGCGCCAUCUGUUGCAUGUGGGCGGAACUAGCUGGCCAACUAGUUGAGUCCACCACAGUAUAUUCAAAUCAAAAAUGUUUAUAAUUUCUCUUAGUUAACAUUACAUUAGGUGAGGCAACCCCAGAAAGCAAUAUAAUUGUUGGGGUUUACCCAAUUAAUUAU